AUGCCGCUUCGAGUCCUAUUUGAAUCCCCAAGCGCCGACGAUGAUUUGCACAAGGCCGUAGAUGUAGUUGCAGUCCAUGGACUACAUGAGGUCUCCGAGGCGUGUUGGGAAGUCGAACCAUCUCGUAAAUCCUGGCUGAAAGAUAUUCUACCUGAUGGUGUGCCUGUGCGCCGAGUUCUAAAUUAUAGCUAUGUCGCCAAUCUUUCGACACUUCUCGGCGAUGAUCCAGCCAACAAUAUCUUACAGACGUCGCAUUCCCUCGUAGCAGACUUGGAAGGAUUUCGCAGUCUUGACAAUACAGCAGAACGACCACUGAUCUUCGUCUGCCAUGACCUUGGAGGAAUUAUUGUGAAGAAAGCGCUGGCAUACUCUGCGACACGGGUCUCGCAGAAGGUGGAACAUCUAUAUUCGAUAUACCUAUCUACCUAUGCUAUCUUGUUCUUCGGGACGCCUCAUUAUGGAUAUAACACACAAGCUUGGCAAUGGAUGGCAGGAAGACUUCCAGCCUCCUCUACUCGCCAAUCUCAUUUGUCGGCCAGUAUUGCAAGAUUUGACGAGAUCCUGCAGAACACCACGGACGAGUUCGCGCCAAUAGUCAAACAAUACCAUAUAUAUUUCUUCUGGGAGAGUCAACCAAGUCUACUUGAUCAGAUCAAGGCAUAUGUCGUAUCACAAGAGUCUGCUGCUCCCGUGUGGGACCGCACGGAACGUUGUGGCAUUGAAGCUUCACACUUUACGAUGUGCAAGUUCAGUAGUGAUACUAGUCCGGGUUUUACAACAGUCAUGGCGGCUUUAAAACGAUAUGGACUUGAAUGUCAUGUUAUUGUGAAGCGGAGAUGGCAGGUCGCAAGAAAAUUCUUGGAAACCCAACGGUCGAUUGAAGCAACAGAGCUUGUUGGCUUCGACGUGCACGAAGCUAAUAAGCCGUAUACCUAUAUCAAUAGCCCCAAGCACCAACGGCAUUCGAAGAUGGAGAACAAAUACUACUACGUACCACACAAUGUUAGUGUGUUUUAUACAGGUUGGGAGUCCGUUACGAGAGAGCUACAGCAGAGCUUCCUUAGUCCACCGAGUCCACUAUCCGGAAGGAAGCGAAGAAUAUUCGUUCUGUAUGGGCUUGGUGGAUCUGGCAAGACCCAAUUCUGCCUUAAAUUUGUCCAUGAUCAUCGGCAAAGAUUCUGGGCCAUUUUCUGGCUAGAUGCCAGCCGAAUCGAAAACGCAGAACGGGAUCUUUCCCAAAUUGGCAAACUCGGAGGUCUUGGAGACACUCACCAAGCCGGACUCUAUUGGCUGACAGGACUCUCCCUUCCGUGGCUCUUGGUCCUCGACAAUGCUGAUGAUCCUGACACGGAUUAUGCAAAAUACUUUCCUGACGGCCCAACAGGACAUAUCCUCGUGACCAGUCGACUCAAAGCGUGCAAAACUCAUGCUACAGUCGGCUCACACGAGUUUCGACAAAUGGGCGCAGAGGAUUCUGCAAAGCUACUCCUACGUGCUGCAGGUCUCAACAGUGCAGUGUCCGUGAAUCAAUGUGGAAUUGCACGGAACAUCGCGCGAAAACUUGGUUAUCUGCCACUCGCCCUCACGCAAGCGGGUGCAUCAAUCCGCCAAAAUAUCUGCACUCUUGAGGAAUAUCUCGAAUUGUAUGAUAUGCACAAAGCGGAGAUGUUGAAAGAUCAUCUAGUGCAGGGCACUGACCAAUACAAGCACACUAUUUAUACAACCUGGGAAGUGUCAGUGCAGAGAAUACAGAAAACCGGGACUAAGGUGGCUACCGAUGCUUUGGAAAUACUUUAUACAAUGGCCUUCUUGCACUUUGAACGAAUACCUAGAGACUUGUUCUUCAACGCUUGGGUGAACAUGAAAAGAUCAACAUCCUUUCUUCCCAGAGCGACAAAUGGGGAGGAACUCAGGUUUCGCCGCGCUUUGAGUCUUCUGGAGAGUCAUUCGCUUGUCUACCUAGAUGCAGGGGGGAAAUCUUACACGAUGCAUCCGAUGGUCCACCUUUGGUCUAGAGAGCGCUUUGAUAGUGAAGAGCAGCAAUUGUGGUCUGACAUUGCCGUCAAUGUUCUUUCAGAGUCUCUUGCUAUCGUUGCAAAUAAGUCUAGCCGGGAGUACAGGAGAGGACUCAUUCCCCACAUCGACGCAUGCCUCUCUCAACAGCACCGAGCAGCGACGUUCGUGAAAUACCAAGAUACUCAAACUCUGGCGAAGGCAAUGAAGUUCAGUGACGUCUAUGCGGAGAAUGGUGAAUGGCAUAAGGCUGAAGGCUUGCAAAGACGGGUUGUGAAAGCAAGGGAAGAGCAACUAGGUCUUGCCCAUGCGGAUACUCUGGACGUGAUGGCUCAGCUUGCUGAUGGAUGCUGGAACUUGUUCAACAUCCCCGAAGCAAUCCUACUUUACGGUAAGAUUGCCGAGAAUGGCGCUCAAGCCUAUGGUACCCAAGAUCCCCGUGCACUCAAAGUGAUUGACAAUAUGGCGAAGACAUUAUGGCUUGCUGGGAAAACGAGCGAGGCACUGCGCUGGAGUGAAAGAGCAACGAUUGCCAUGACCACUGAAUUAGGUGAGGGUCAUCCCGACACGCUGACUGCCGUCUUCAAUCUUGCCCGCAAUCACAUACACCAAGGCAGUCCAGAGGAAGCCGCGAAGAAACUUGAGUUUGUCCUUGCUCAGCGUCGCCGUAUGCUAGGCGAGAGCCACCCUGAUACCUUGUCCGCUUUUGCAGAACUCGGCGUCGCAUGUUACCACCUCCGUCAGCUUGACAAAGCAGAAGACCUGCUGAAUCGUGUCUUACAUGAGCGCAGUCGCAUCCUUGGAUCUCAUCAUGCCUACACCCUCUGGGCAGUCAACGACCUAGCAAAGAUCUACACCGAACAGGGGCGCUCGAAGGAAGCCGAACAUCUCCUAACGGACAUCCUUGAUAUUGUAACCUUGACCCUUGGCGCAGAGCAUAUCGGUAUGCUAAUGACGAAGUACAACCUUGUGCGCGCCUACAAUGGCCAAGGGAAGUGGGCUCAGGGGCGCACGACCCUACUCGAAUUGAUGGCGAUUCAGGGUCGCAAACUACCGGCAAUGCACCCAGAUUGUCUCUCAUCAAGGUUAGAACUCGCGCGUACAAAACGGCAUUUAGGGGAGUUAGAGCCUGCAGAGCGUGAGCUAAGAGGCUUGAUUGAGGAGAUGAAAAAGGUAUUGGGACAGCAUCAUCCGCAGACUAAACGAGCUAUGGGGCAGCUGAGUGCCAUUUAUAUUAAUAUGGGAAGGCUGGAGGAGGCUGAGGAGCUAGAUCAAGGCUUGAGGAGAAUAGGAAGCAGUAUAUACGGGGAGGAAGAGAUGGCAAAGCCCGUUGAGCAAAACGCGAGUGUGUUGAUGAUGGGACGAAGAAAGGUAAGGAAUAAACCUAUAAAUACCUGGUGA